AUGGCAGCUACAGGCUGGUCGCAUCUUCUGGGGCUCCUGUUCGUGUCGCUCUGUGCUCUCGUUUCGGGAGCUGAGAAUGUCACAAGCCUCGGACAGCCGCUGAGCAUCCCAUCCAGUCAGUUCUGGGACGGUAAAGACGGCCCAUGGUCCACGUUUCGAAUCGAGAUUGGCACGCCGCCACAGCAAAUUCGCGUCCUUCCUGCCUCCGAUCAGUCCUCUACGUGGCUUGUCCUCCCAGAAGCAUGCAGCAACGGCGACGUCACAGAGUGCAGUGAUAGCCAUGGUUCCUUGUACAAGAGGAACACGUCUUCCACGUGGAAGGAAUUCGGGUCGUACCAGCUCAAUACAUACCUUGAAGAACGGGUUGGACUCGACGGAGACGGCCUGUACGGUUUCGACAAUGUCGGCCUGGGUUGGAGUGGUGAUGACUUGCCUUCCAUAGAGAACCAGAGCAUCGCCGGAAUCAUCACGGAUAACUUCUGGCUGGGGAGCCUGUCGCUAAACCCUCGACCGAUCAACUUUACCGAUUACAACAACCCGAUCCCGAGCCUCAUGCAGAAUCUGCGCAACAUGAGCCCACCGAUACCUAGUCUGUCCUGGUCAUACACUGCUGGAGCGCACAAUCUAGCACCCAAAGUAUUCGGUAGUCUAGUCCUUGGAGGCUAUGAUAGAAGUCGAUUUGAGGCGAACAACGUGGUAUUCCCAUUCGGAGACGAUAUCUCGCUCGACUUUCAAGUCGCCAUCCAGGAGAUCACGACAAAUAUAACUAGCGACCCACUCCUCAACUCCGGCAUCAUCUCCUAUAUCAGCACAUUGAUUGCGGAUAUCUGGCUGCCACCCAGCGUCUGCGAGCAAUUCGAGAAGGUAUUCGGGCUCGCGUGGGACGAGCAGACCGAGCUGUAUCUACUAAAUGACAGUUCGCAUAAAUCCCUCCUCGAUAAGAAUCCAGAAGUGCGCUUCAAGGUCGGUCCACAGGUUUCCGGUGACGCAGUCACAAUCAAUAUGCCAUACUGGAAUUUCUACCAGACCGCUACUUCUGCGCUUACGGGAAAUUCAUCCACACUCUAUUUCCCUCUCAAGAGGGCGGCUAAUGACACCCAAUAUUUCCUCGGACGAACCUUCCUCCAGAGCGCCUAUCUCUCCGCGGACUAUGAGCGAAACAUCUUCAACCUCUCUCAGGCACUAUAUCCUUCUUCCUCGAUUCAAGAGGACAUUGCUGCGAUACUGCCGCCUUUAGAGCAGACUUCUGGGGGAAGCAGCAACGGCGCUGGGUCUGGCUCCAAGUCGGGAUUGAGCACGGGCGCUAUCGCAGGUAUCGCCGUCGGCGGAGCUGUGGUUGUAAUCGUUCUCGCCACGGUGGCCUUCAUUCUGUAUCGUCGGAAGAAGGCAAAGAGCAAGAAAGCACACGAACUGGACGACACUGAUGUCCAGAAUAAUGCCAAGCACGAAGUAUCUGGAGAAGGUAUCAAGUACGAAGUGGGAGAAGGGCUCCGGCAUGAAGUUGCAGGAGAUAUGGAACCGAAGGCGGAGCUCGGGGCGGAUGGACCACAAAAGCCAGCCGAAGUCGAUGGGACGCAGCUUGCUAUUUAUGAAAUGCCGGCUGAAGAGCUGAAAUUUCACGAGAUGGAGGGCGAGGGUUCAUACAAGAAGACGCCCGAUAUUCCCAUUAUUGCUCCGGACCAUGAUACGGAUGCUAUACCCUUAGUUGAGAUCAGAAACGAGGAUGAAACACCCACGCCGGCUUCCGAGCACCAUCCUCGAGCGGAUCGAUGUGGGUGA